AGUCAGAAACUUAAACUGCACUGUUGUAUGUAAAUCCAAGUAGGCUACACCAUCAUCAAGGCAUGUGGAGAAAUGUGGUCUGACUUUGGACAAGAAAGAAAGUGCAGAAGAGAAAAGAAAAUCAGCAGCACAGAGAAAUAUCUACUGUAUUUGCAUUUACCGCUAGUCAGCACAGCAGCAAACAGUAUUUUGCAUCACGACUACUUUUUCAGUCUCAGAGGGUAUGAUAUAUGAUUCUUGUUACUGUGCGUAUGUGCUAUAGUUUGAGAGUGUGAUGGAGCUGCAGCAGCGUUUUUCUGCGUGCGUAAAUGUAUAUGAAGAGGGUGAGGGAAACACAGAAAACAAGGAGACGCAGAAAAAUGAUGUUGUUAAAACAGAAGACAUUUAUCAAACUCUUCAGUACCCGUCGACAGACCAAAGAACUAUUAACAGUACAAGACUGUUCUCAGAGCGUUAUGAAAGGAAGUAUGUGUUUUUACUGUUUGCUGUGAACAUUCUUAUCUCAACCAUCAUCCUUACCAUUGUGAGCCUAAAUUACUCUCAGAACAAAGAAACACAACCAAUAAAAGGACAAAAAGAAGUGUGGCUUCUCUAUGAAAAUGUGUUUUAUUUGUUCUGGAGUGACAACAGUAACUGCAACGCUGCUGAGAGCUUCUGCUCUAAGAGGAAUGCCAGCCUUGCUGUGUUAUCUAGCCAUAACAAAGUCUGGUUGAUGUCUAGAAGCAAUGGAAAGCAAUUUCUGGUGUUAAAAGCCUCAUCAGACGGAUCUGGGGACAGUGAUUCUUCAUUUGGGGGUGACGAUAAUAAGUGUGGCAUCAUGACCUCUGAUGUUGAUACGGAUCAUGGAGAAGGAUUUGUUUGUGGGAAACCCAUAUUCCCAGAUUUUGAAGCCACUGGACUUUACUGAUGAUCCUUAUCUUCUCAAGCAGCACUUGUCCUUGUAACUCCAGCAGUUUGCAGUGAUCCAGAUAACCUUGUGUGCAUUUGUUGGCCAAGAAUUUUGAAUUUAAGCUUUUUAAAUUUAAUGUAGGUUAUGCAUGGGACAGUUCCACAGGUCAAAGUUCAGCUUCCAGAGAACAAAUAUGCAUAUGUUGCAUAUGUUUAAAUAAUAUUUUCUACAUUCAGUUUAUAUAAUUUUUUACUUUUGUUGAGCUUUUCAUUUUGCUUUAUAUUGUUUCUUGCUGUUUUGUUAUCCCUGAAUAACCUCAUGUAUAAUGUUUAAUGCUUUAUUAAUUAGUGCAAGGUGAAACUCUUGCUUCCUUGCUUUCAAAACACUUGAUGAAUUCAUUUCUAGGCAAAUGGAAUCAGGUAGAUCUUUGGCUAUGACUACAUUUAUUCAAUAAAUUCUUAUGAUCA